AUGUACGUUUUUUUAAACAUUUUAAAUGUAUGCGCUUCUUAUACAUUGAUCUUUUAUACUAACAAUUUACAAUCAUUUGAUUUUAAUUUUUCUGAAAAGAGUAAUUUAAAACCUUCAUUAGGAAAAUAUGCGAAAAAUUUUGCUGAAGAAACUGGAUUAUAUAAUUCAGAUUCUUCUGAUUUUAAUUUUGGUUUAAACAUUAAUUCUGAUUCUGGUUCAAAUUCGGAUUCUAAUUCAUUUUUUUCAAAUUCAGAUUCAAAUAUUAUUUCAAGACAAUUUAAUAGAUUUAGAAAAUCACAUGUUAGACCAAGUAGUAGUGUUGAUUUUAAUCAACCAAGAAAGAAAAAAUCUUCACACUCAUCAAAGAUUCAUAAUCAUAAGUUAAAUAAUGAUAGAAAACAUAGACAUUCACAGCAUUAUUUAGUUGAUUAA